AUGGACCCUCGCGCGCUUGCACUCGCACCCUCCGCCCUUUUCCCCGCGCCAGUCCUUUCUUCCGCCUGCGCUGCGCGCGUCUCUCCCGCCAAUGGUGCCACACGCAGUCGCACAUCCGCCGUUGCCCCUAUCCGCGCGUCAGCGCAGGCGGAAAACCAACCUUCCGCCCACCCCUCCACUUCCGCCACUCCCGCUUCCGCCGCUUCCGCCGCUUCCCCCGAAGCCCUCCCCAGACGCUCCGCGCUCGCGGGCGGACUCCUCGCCUUGGCUUCCGCCACCCUCUCCCCGUACCUCCCACUACCCGCCGUCCCCCCCGUCGCGCACGCCGCCGCGGACGCCGCCGCAACGGUGGAAGCCGCGGGCGGAAGCGACCUGCUAAAAGGGCUCCGAUCCGCGUUCGAUUCGGACGAGCUCACGGCGAGCGGGCGGCGGCUUCCGAAGGCGUACGUGCGGAGCGUGACGGCGCUCAUCAGCAGCCUGCGCGACGCGCUGGGCGCGGAGGAGGGCGACCGGGGGGAGUUCCGGCGCAAGGCGGACGUGGCUAAGGGCGCGAUCCGCGCGUACCUGGGGGAGUGGCGGGGGAAAGCGCCGGAGAACACUGAGAUCAUCACCUCCUCUCUCGACUCUGUGCUCAGAACGCUCUCCCGCUUCUACAUGCGCAGCGGAGUCAAUGCAAAGCUCCCUGCUGACGUCAGAGACGGGAUCCUUGCUGAACUGGCACUUGCAGAGGCUGCGUUGUAA